GUCACGUGAAUGCCUGCAGCCUCAAUUUCCCCCCUUCGCCUUCCCCUUCCCUUUAUAACACCCUCUUACCUCACCUCAUUAGCCCCUUUUACACACACAUCACACACUACUUCCUCAACACCACUUCCAUUUUCCUCGAAUUGGAUCAACAAAGGAAAACAUUUGCCCUUUUCUUCACUCAUCUUUUUUGUUUUCUUACUCACAAAUGAACUUAAACUCUCCCCCUCCUUCACAUUUUCCUAUGCACCAAAUUACUAGUCAUGACAAUGAUCAUGAGCACCCCUUCCUCCCAAAUCGAUCCUCUUCUGUCUCUUGUCAUUUUUUCUUCGAUCCCACUCGCGAUCACGCCGGAUUCUACGAUCAUCCCCAACUCUACCAACCUACUCAUCAUAUCGCGGGUGAUCAGAACUACGGGUACCACGGCGGAUCAGCAUACGAGACGAAGAGCGUGGACGAGAGCAGCCUCAAGUUAACCUUAUGGAAGAAAGAAGAUGAUGAUGAGCUCCAAAUUAGCAGUAAUAAUAAUAGUAACCCUAUGAGAUGGAUGUCUUCGAAGAUGAGGGUGAUGCAGAAGAUGAAGAAGACGGAUCAUGAUCGCGCUGCCGCGGUUAAGACGACGGCACAGCAGCCUUCGUCGUCAUCUGCGGAGACCGACUUGAGCAGCAACAGUUCCUCUUACAACAAUAACAGUCCAAUUAGGGUUUGCUCCGACUGCAACACUACCAAGACCCCUCUCUGGAGAAGUGGUCCCAAAGGCCCUAAGUCGCUAUGCAAUGCGUGUGGUAUCAGGCAGAGGAAAGCGAGGCGAGCCAUGGCCGCAGCGGCCAAUGGCGCGGCUGCUAACGGCGGCGGUCAGCCACCGGCAAUGAAAAUCAAGCUGCAGCAGAAAGGGAAGAACGGGCAGGCCGCGUCGCAGCUGAAGAAACGGUGCAAGACAUCGGCUGUGGCGGCGGCGGCAGCGGGUGGGAACGUGCAGAAACGGAUUGGUUUCGAGGAUUUCUUGAUAAACUUGAGCAAGAAUUUGGCGUUUCACAGAGUGUUUCCAGACGACGAGAAGGAUGCUGCGAUCUUGCUCAUGGCUCUAUCUUCUGGCCUCGUUAAUGGUUGAAUUUUUUUUCAUUUUUAUUUUGGUUUCUUGAUCGAGAUAAUUAAGCAGAUUAGGGUUAAUGUGAGAAAAUGUGUUUUUUGUGAUGGAUCGAUAUUAAUUAGGAGAUCAAGUGAGUGAGAUUUUAAUUAUGUUUCUUUUUUUUUUUCUCCAUAUUUAAUAAGAAAUAAGGCAUAAUAAAUUUGUGUGGUGAUCUUUGUAAAACCUCUUGGGACAAGUUGAUAACCUAAUAUGGAUCUCUUGUUCACAUAUAUAUAUAUCUCAAUUUAAUUUAUAUAUGUUUUAAUCCGAUUCAAUCAA